UAAAGACGUCCAUAGUUUCCUAGUGAUAUCCUACAAUAAUCCUAUUCAACUUAGUGUUAGUAGGUGGCAAAAGUCAUAGGAUAUCUCCAAAUAUCGUGUCGGACCUUCUUUUGCUCGGCGAAUUGCAGCAACUCGAUGUGUGAUAGACUCAAGUGGUUGGAAGUCCCCUUCAGAAAUAUUGAGCCUUGCUACCUCUGUAGCCGACCAUAAUUAUGAGUGUUACCGGUGCAGGAUUUUGUGCAUUGACCUAUUGAUUACGUCCAAUAAAUGUUCUAUGGGAUUCAUGUCGGGCGAUGUGGGUGGCUAAUCAUUCGCUCGAAUUGUACAAAAUGUUCUUCAAAUCAAUCGCGAACAACUGUCGCUCGGUGACAUUGCGCAUUGUCAUUCAUAAACAAAAUCAUCGUUGUUUGUUCAUCAGACGGUCAAAAAAUCUAAAAUAUUCAACACCCACUGAUAGUAUUACAUUCAAUUUGAAAAUCGUAUCAUCGUUCCAGGCCUUGUUCGAGUAAACGGUGUAGUUUCUCUACAAAUCUUUUCUUUUUUGACGUUGCUUUUAUGGCUGCGCUCGCGAAUUCACUGAUACCUACCCUUCGUACCGACUCUAUUAAUGUCUGGGUCGUCCGACUCUAUUUGCCGUCCUGGUAUAUAGAAUGCAGUCUUAAGGGUUUCCGAGAAUUCAAGAGUGCUGAUGCUGCAGUGCAUGGGAGAGCUGAAAGCGGAUCUUUAGUGGCUGUGAUGGGAGCAAGUGGUAGUGGAAAAACUACUUUACUCAAUGCAGUCAGUAAAAGAGUGGAAGAUGGAGUGGAAGGUGGCAUUUUUCUUAAUUCUCAAAUUGUGUGCAGAAAUGAAUUAAUAGAAGUGUCUGGUUUUGUAACACAGAAAGAUAUUGCAAUAACAACUCUGACAGCAAUGGAACAUAGUUUCUUUAUGUCGCAAAUGAGGUUGAACAAGAGCAUAAAGUCAAAUCAACGAAGAACAAGGAUAUCAGAACUUUUGACUGAACUGGGACUCUCUGGACAAGAGGACACUCAAUUAAAAUAUUUAUCUGGGGGUGAAAGAAAAAGACUGUCUGUAGCAGUGGAGCUCCUCCAUGAUCCACUAAUUUUGUUCUGUGAUGAGCCUACAACAGGACUUGACAGUUACAAUGCUUUGCUUCUUAUUGAAAAACUUCAAAUAAUUGCUAAAGCAGGAAAAAUAGUUAUGUGUUCCAUCCAUCAACCUGCCUCUGAUAUUUUCACUUGCUUUAAUCAAAUUAUUCUUCUGACCAAUGGUAAAUUAGCAUAUCAUGGACCAACUAAUCAUGUCUUAACUUACUUUUCAAGUUUAGGAUCUCCCUGCCCUUCCAACUAUAAUCCAGCUGAUUUUCUCAUAACGAAAUUUGCAAUAGUACCUGGAGAUGAGGAUUCAUGUACUGCUUCUAAUGAAUAUUUUUGUCAAAAAUUUGCUGAAUCUCACCUUGGAGAAAGUUUAAGAUGUAAUGAAGAUGAUCGGAUCAAUCAAGACCAGUCAGCAAAUAAAAAUAAUUCGUUUAAUCAGUCUCCUUGGAUGGUCAAAUUAUAUUGGUUAAUAUGGAGAAAUGUAAUGGAUUCUUUAAGAACAAAACUUGGACAUUUUCAGCAAGCUGCUGUUUUCCUUGUAACAUCUUUAAUGCUUGCAAUAUUUUAUUCAAAUAUUUUCACACAUACUCAGCAAGGUAUUCAGGAUGUUCAUGGUUUGCUGUAUUUGAUUUCCUCUGAAGUUUACUUCACUUCCACAUAUCGAGUCCUUAAUACAUUUCCUCAAGAAAUUUCAGUAUUUACAAAGGAAAAAGAUCUUUACCCAACUUCUGCCUAUUAUAUUGCCAAGAUAAUUACAACAAUUCCAAGAACUGUAAUAGAACCAGCUAUAUAUUUAGCAAUUAUAUGCAUUGUACAAUAUCUCUGUGGAUGCCCUGUUUUAUCGUACUUCACGUUACUUGGUCCGUUACUAAUAUCAGCGUGUUCUGCCUCAGCCUACGGGUGUGCAUUAUCUGCUGUAUUUCAGUCACCUAACAUUGCAUCUGUGAUAUCUGUGCCUGUGGAUCUUGCAACCAUGUUAAUGGCAGGAAUGUUCUUCAAUAUCAGAAGUUUACCAUCAGUAAUCAGUUGGAUAAAAUACUUGUCUCAGCUCCACUAUACAAAUGAAGUGCUUUUGGUUCUCCAUUGGCAAAACAUUGAUUAUAUUGAUUGUCCAGAAGAUAAAUCACUGCCAUGUCUAAGAAAUGGAACUCAGGUAUUACAAGCUUACGGAUAUUCUCCAGGAAAUGUUUCAGGAGAUCUAAUUGCUCUUGUAUUAAUAUUUUUUAUUUUGAAUGUGAUUGGAUGUUUGGGAUUAUGGAGACAGGCUAGGAAAAACACAUUUAAGUAAUAAGACUUGAUAAUUAAACAAUAGAUAAAAAAAUUCCUGAUUUUUAUUUUACAUUUCACACUUUUACACUUUUGUUGAUAUCGGUAAAAUUUCAUGUGACUUAGUAAAUAGGUUGUUUUGUACUGCGAAUCCAAAUGGCUAAAAAGCCCACCAUGUGAGAUAUACUGUAGAUGGCAAAAAGUCCCAGUAAAUCCAUACUAAAAUUAUUCGGACCAUAGUCAUACUUUUCUAGUACUCCUCUUCCACUGGAGAUACAUGGUAGUUCAGGAUUAUCAGGACAUUCUAAAAAAUGUCAAUUAUGUAUCGUAAAGCUGAUACAUAAAAGUAAAGAACUAGCAACAGAAUUCAAUGCAGGUCUUAAUACUUACUAAUGUUAUGAAUUUGUUCCCACUGGAGAAUAGAAAUUGCCUCUGUACCAUAAUAAAAUUGUGAUACAUAACGAAGCCAAGAUAAAUAAGCUGGAAGACUCCUACCAAAAUAUUUACAAUAUAUUAAUUGACAGACAGUGACUGCUACUAACUCUUUAAUGCAAUAUUAAUGUACUCACCCUAGCUGAAGAAACAGGCCUGAAAAAAUUAAUGUGAGAAAGUCUAUUGGUACAGACAACAGUGAUGCUGUAGCUACUGAUUCAAAUGCUGCAGACAUAACACAACCUAUAAAACGUAAAAGCAAAGUAAGAUAUUUUGUAUGUAAUUGAUAUUUUUGUAGUAAAUAAUUUUUGUAUUGUGUAGAUUGUGUAGAAAUACACACCAAGUGCUGCUGAGGAUUUUGCACACAUUAUCACAGUUAAACAAAAUAGUAAAAACACCCGAGCAUCUCCUUGUAAAUCUGCUAUCCAAAAUAUGAGAGAUGAGUAUAAGAAUGGUUCCACUAUAGUUCGGGGUAUCUGAGGACGAAAAUAAGAAAGAAAAAAAAAAUUGAAAGAAACGUUAAUUUUUCUAUUACAUAAUAAAUUAUCAGCAAUAUUAUUCACUUACCAAAACCAGCAUCUUUGAUAUGUAAUAUGGACCAGGUUUGUAAAUCCCAUUAGCAAUUUCUCGAAGUAAAAUUGGUAUCUCACUUGGGAAAGUAUGAAACACACUAUAUGAGAAUGUGAAUAUUGUUUCUGUUACUAUGAGAUACAUAAGUCCUUGAACAUUUUGUAUUCCAGUUUGAUCAACUUUUAAAUUUGUAUAUGGUGUAGCUAGUAUGAGAGCUAUAAACUGAGAAACCAAAGAAAAUGUUAUUGGUGUUACUGGCUGGAUCAUUAAUAUGUGUUGUUACUAUUAAAACUCAAAUUAUAUUCAUGCUUUACCAGGUACAAAAUUGCACGAAGUAACAGAUUUGAGGAGUUUCUUAACAGAUGAAUCACAUUUCUCCAAGUCAGCCAAUAAAGUUGUUUUAAGUAACCUGGUCUACAUCUAUGAAUGAAAAAAAUGGGAGAUAAAAAUUGUGUAUGCACAAAAAUGUUAUACUUUCUGGUUAUACCGUAUAUAAAAACGAGGAAAGGAGUUUUCAUUAUUAUUAUAACUUUCAGACUUGUUAUUAUGUUUUAAUUUUCAAUAUAUUUUGAUUUCUGUACAUUCAAGAUUCUGUUUCUUAUAAUAUAAGACAUGAUUGAGAGAAUUUUGUUUUUUUGUUUUUGUUUUUAAGCACUAAUAUUCUUGUAAGGUAUUUUCAAUAUAAAUAUGAAAUACUGUAGAUUAUCUUCUAAGACCUUUGUUUUCGUUUUUUAAAUACAAUUUCCACGUGAUAAACUUACAUUUCUGUGUAUUUCUGGAAAUCGGCAAUGUUCUAGAAUAUAAACAUUAACUUUAUUAGUGUCAUAUUUUUUCA